CAGCCCAGAAAUGUGCAGCCUUUUAGUGAUGAAGAUGCUUCUAUAGAAACUAUGAGCCACUGCAGUGGCUUCAGUGAUCCUGCUAGCUUCACUGAGGAUGGGCCUGAAGUUGAUGAAGAAGCCACUCAAGAAGACUUAGAAUACAAAUUGAAAGGAUUUAUUGAUCUUACAUUGGACAAGAGUGCAAAGACAAGACAAGCAGCUCUUGAAAGUCUGAAAAGUGCUUUUUCCUCUAAAAUACUCUAUGAAUUUAUCAUGGAAAGGAGAAUGACACUAACUGAUAGCAUUGAACGCUGCAUAAAGAAAGGUAAGAGUGAUGAACAGCGUGCAGCUGCUGGACUGGCGUGUCUUCUGUGUGUGCAGAUGGGGUCAGGAAUUGAAAGUGAAGAGAUUUUUAAGACCCUUGGUCCAGUUCUGAAGAAGAUUGUCUGUGAUGGAACAGCCAGUAUCCAAGCCAGACAGGCUUGUGCAACCUGUUUAGGAAUUUGCUGUUUCAUUGUCACUGAUGACAUUACGGAACUGUACUCUACUAUGGAAUGCUUGGAGAAUAUCUUCACAAAGGCCUAUCAGCGAGAUAGAGACACUAAUGGUGUACCGAGUACCCAUAAUACUGUGCUUCACGUCAGUGCUCUCUUGGCAUGGACACUGUUGUUGACCAUUUGUCCAGUGAAUGAAGUGAAGAAAAAAAUUGAAAUGCACUUGCAUAAACUGCCAAGUCUGCUGUCUUGUGAUGAUCUCAACAUGAGAAUAGCUGCUGGAGAAACACUAGCCCUUCUGUUUGAACUGGCACGUGAAACAGAUGCUGAUUUCUUUUAUGAAGAUAUGGAACUUCUAACAGAGAAACUAAGAGCUCUGGCUACUGAUGGAAAUAAGCACCGAGCCAAAGUAGAUAAAAGAAAGCAGCGAUCGGUCUUCAGAGACAUCCUGCGAGCUGUUGAGGAGCGUGACUUUCCUACAGAGAUGGUAAAAUUUGGACCGGAGCGCAUGUAUAUUGACUGCUGGGUUAAAAAACAAACCUAUGAUACCUUCAAGGAGAUCCUGGGGUCAGGGAUGCAGUAUCACUUGCAGUCAAAUGACUUUCUUCGGAAUGUGUUUGAGCUUGGCCCACCAGUAAUGCUAGAUGCUGCAACUCUUAAAACAAUGAAGAUAUCCCGUUUUGAAAGGCACUUGUACAACUCUGCAGCAUUCAAGGCUCGGACAAAGGCUAGAAGUAAAUGUCGUGAUAAAAGAGCAGAUGUGGGGGAAUUUUUCUAGAUCUUUUUUCCAUGGGGUUCAAUUUUAAUAAUGAAAAUAGAUUUGUAAUCUUU